GAUCGUUUUAAAACAUUUGUUUGACUAAGUCGGGGCUGAAAAGUAGCUUGAACGUAACCCUGCGUUUCUGCUUGUUCAAGCAACAAUCGCGGGUCCUAGUUGAUUUUAUACACGGAUAGUGAAAUAUUGUUGGUUUUCAAGAAAAUAACACAAGAAAUUGCACGAAAAGUUUUAAAAGUUGAAAUAUAAAAACCUGAUAACUGUUAAUCAAAGUGCGUCAGAUAGUGCCUUUGUUAACAAAGAGAUUUCUGUGUUUAACACUUUUAAAAGUGAGUGAGAACAAACAAUUCUGGAUAACAAAGAAAAUUGCUUUGUGUCCCGUACAUUGCAAUUAUCGUAAACGUGAACUCUAAGUGAAUAAAAUAAAAAGAUACUACAACAUAAAUAGAUCUAGAUACUGAAGCUACGUAACAUAGUGAAAUCAAAAUGAGGCCACCACAUUCAUCAUUCGGUAAUGAUAUUACCAACAGAGCCAAUGAUAAUAAUGCCAAUAAUAAUAACAAUAACAACGGGAAUGGAGACGAUUCAAAUGGUAUUCCACCACAUAUUGCCAGAAUGGGUGGAACCUUGCUUAUAUCAAGGAUUGCAGGCAAUGGAGUUAUUCGAGUAGUUGGUCGCUGUGAGGAUGCCAAAGAAAAUAAUAAUCUCGAUCUUUCGGAAUGCGAACUAAUGCAAAUUCCAGAUGCUGUCUAUCAUUUAAUGCGACACACAGAACUGAAAACCUGUGAUCUCAGCUCAAACGUUAUCAAAAAGAUUCCACCAAAAUUCGCCGUUAAGUUUAGUUUAAUCACAGACUUGAACUUGUCACACAAUCAAAUGUCCAAACUGCCCGACGAAUUAGCUGACCUGGGAUCUCUGAAACGCCUCGACAUUUCACAUAAUUCGUUCAUCGUUUUACCACCCGUUGUAUUCAAAAUGCCAAAACUUGAGGAGUUACGAGCAAAUAAUAAUGAAAUCAUAGAAAUCGAUACAGAUCAAAUGAUCACAUCAAACAGCUUAGAAGUAGUGGACAUGCGCAACAAUCCUCUCACCCGAUCAUGUUACAUGCGAUUGAAGAAUGCCAAAGUCAACUUCCGGAUCGAACUAUCGGAAUGGGUUGAUGACGACUGGUAGUCGCCUCGAACCUAACAGCCCUUUUUGUGAUUGCGAGCGUUGAUCGCACCCUUCGUCAAUAAGCCAACAAUAUCGAACAAUUAUCAUCGAUUUUAGAGUUAAGUUUUUACACGUAUUAAACUGUAACCUAUUGUCCCUUUGAGAUCUAAUUUUUGUACCAUAAUUACGUUGUUGUAGGUUUACGCGCCUUGAAAACUAGUUGACUAAGAGUUUGAUUGAUUUUUCACUUUGUUUAUUGUAAUUUUAUCGAGAAAUUGUACUUAAGACGACUAGCAGAGUGCGUUUUGUUGUUGAAAACAAACAGGACUAGCGUGCAUAGUGUCAAUGUGUGUGAUCAAUAUAUUUUGUACGAAUUUGUAGAGGAAAUUAGAGAAACUCGUUGAAUUGUUGAAUAUCGCAGAUGAUAAACACGGAAAACUACGACAAUUAUAUCUACUGUGAUGCCAAAGCACAUCAAUUAUUAUUUUGCCCUGAUUUCGUGAUCAAAUGUUGAGAAUUUCAUUGUAACGUUUUGUUGAGAUCUACACGGAAAUAGAAUGGAAGUUUAGAAAGGAGCAUUUUAAUAUUAUAGAAUGGUCAGACGUGUGGUGCUAAUGACACAUAAUUCGUAAAUCAAUCAAAAUAUCUACAAAUGUUGGAAAAGUAUUUCAUAAAAAUUAACCAUUACAAACCACUGUUAUCCUUUCACGUGCUUAGCGUUAAAUACAAAAUAAGGAAUUAGAAUUGAAGCAUAGUCUCGACACGGUAAAAAUAAAAGAACAAAUAUGAACAAGACUAUGGAAAUGCGCUAGAUGCUUGAUCAAAAUGAAGUGGAAAGGGAUGAUAUAAACUAAACUUCCAAUCCUGUGUGAGGGAACGUGCAAUAUAGCUUUUAAGAAAAAUUCGGAUCUGUGAAUAUCAGAAAUCGAUUUUGUAUUUUUGUUAUAAAUUGAAUAAAAUGACUGAGCGGUAA